CUGAGGCAGCCGGGAGCCGGACCUCGGGAGGCAGUCCGGAGCUGGCGGGACCUCAGAGGCCGUCCCUCCCACUUUACAGCCGGGGAAACUGAGGUAGCCCAGAGCUGGGCGGGGCCUCAGAGUCUGGCCCUCCUUUUACAGCUGGGGAAACGGAGGCAGCCUAAGGCUGGGCGACAGCAUGCUCAGAGUUACCCAGGGAAGAAGCCCUGAAUCUGGCACUAUGAAUUGGCACCCUCUGAGACCACCCCCAUCCCUCUUUACUCUGGGGGAACUGAGGCACCCUAGAGCUGAACUACAGCAUGUCCCAAGUCACUCCAGGGAGGAAGCCCCGAAUCUGACACCUCAGGCUGAAGCCCUCAGAGUGACUCUCACAUCUGAAGACCAAAAUUCUACCAUCACGUUCAUUCCUCUGUUAUUUGGGCAGCUAGGUGGAACAGUGAAUAGAGCACUAGCCUGCACUCAAGAAGACUCGUCCUCAAAAAUUGUUGGUGAGGAUGAUGGAGGGAAACUUUUCACCCCUGAAGAAUAUGAAGAGUACAAAAGUAAAAUUUUACCAAUGCGAUUACGGAACAGAUUAUUUGUGAGCUGGCGAUCGCCCCUGGGCAUAGACUGUAAGCUUAUUGGCCCAGAAACUCAGUGUUUUUGUACACACAGGUAUAGACAACAUAAAACUGACUUGGAAGUGAUCCCACCAGAACGCCCAAUUUCCCUGCCCUGCAAAGUGAACCAGUGCCCCUGCACCUCCUUCUACUAUGUGCCUAUAAGUGGAUGUCGACCAGUUCGGUGCAAGUGUAAGCAUUUUGCUGACCAACACAACGCAGACCCAAAUCGGGUUUGCAGGACGUGUAACAAAUGCCCAGGGUUUCAUAGCUACUUUACUUGUAGUUGUGGUCAUCCUGCAUAUACCCACGAGACGGUGGUAGAAACUAAAGAAGAGAGGCUGGCCCUGGGAAAGCCUGUGGGACGGGACGUUCCUUAUGCUGCAGUGGGAGGAUUGACGGGCUUUAGUUCACUAGCAGAAGGCUACAUGAGACUAGAUGACAGCGGAAUAGGUGCACCUCCACUUGAGAUUUUAGAAUCUCCGAUUGCUGCUGCAGACCACCCGUUCCUAAGAGCAUUUCAAGAGCCGUCUAGUUCUGCUCAAGGUACAAGUAAUCAAGCAUCUUCCUUAAGGAGACCUGAUGAAGACGACAUGGCUUACUUUGAAAGGCAUUACCAGGAAAGGCUUAAAAUGGAAAAGGCUGCUAAGAAGAAAGGAGUGGGGGCCUUGCCAUCCACAGCGAAACGUUAAGGAUGGAGGGAUUGACAGCCAUGAUGAAUAAAUGUAACUGCAGUAGAUAGAUACA